AUGGCGAAUCUGUCUUCCCUAAGAAGGCUGAACAUGGAUGUGUGCGACCUGCACGGUGUAUUUCCAUCUGCCAUUUUUCAUUUGCCGAAGCUACGAAUCCUCGGGGUGGGUUACAAUGAUCUCACGGGCCAAUUGCCUGACUUUAACUCGAGUAGUCUUCUUGAAUAUCUGCGACUGCCUGAAACGAGUUUUUCUGGGCAGCUGCCCGCUUCAAUCGGUAAUCUCCACUCCUUGCAAACAUUGAAUCUUGAUUCCGAGACGUGCAAUUUGACCGGGUCCCUACCCCCGUCAAUAGGAAACCUUCCUUCCUUGAGUUUCCUCAACAUAGGUGGUUGCAAAUUCUCAGGAUCCAUCCCGGCUUCAUUUGCUAAUCUUAGCAACCUCGAAUACCUGGGUGUCAGCAUGAGCCCAGUCACUGCCCAGACCAUUUCCUCUUUGUCUUGGAUUUGGAAGAUUAAGAAGCUUGCCACUUUCUAUCUCGAGAAAAUCAAUUUAUAUGGCGAGAUUCCACCUUCAAAUGGAAACUUGUCUCAACUAGUGGAGUUAAGCUUUCGUGGCAACCAAUUAAGCGGUACUAUCCCAUCUCAGCUCAACAACCUCACUCAGCUGACGAGAUUGUGCCUCCGAACUAAUCAACUAUCGGGGUCCAUACUGUCUUGGCUUAUGAGCAUGACUCAAUUGGUCGCGCUUGACCUUGCAGUCAAUAACUUCCAUGGCAAGAUACCUUCGUCAAUCUCUCAACUCCAAAAUCUCCAAGUCCUCAUACUUGUGAAAAACAACUUUAGCGGUACUGUUGAACUAGACAACUUUCUCAAGCUCAAAGAAUUGACAGUGCUGCAACUAUCAUCUAAUAGGCUAUCAUGCCGCAGGAUUAGCGCGAAUGUUACUCCUCCUCAACUUCUUGUCUUAGGACUGGCAUCAUGCAAUUUGAACCAGUUUCCUACAUUCUUACAAGACUGCUUUCUUGGCAGAUGUGCUCUUACAUAUCAGUAA